AUGAGGAGGCUGCUCCUUUUUCUCCUGGCCCUCAUCACAAUCUGGACUAUGCAUGCCCUGGAGGACAAAUGCAAUGGGUUUUGCGGACGGCGCCCCUUGGCACCCAGCCACUCCCUUCCUGUUGUGGGAGGCAUCGACACUCUGCCAGGGACCUGGCCCUGGAUGGUCAGCAUCCGGACCCCGGCCAAGUCUGGGUACCAGCACACGUGUGGAGGGUCGCUCAUCAGCGCCAGGUGGAUCCUCACGGCAGCCCACUGCUUCAAGGAUAAGAGGUAUCUAACGAAUUGGGAACUGGUGUUUGGCACGAGUAAGCUGUCCCAUCCGGGUCCAGAUGCAGAGGUUCGCUUCCCCAAGCGGGUGGUGCAGCACGAGGACUACCAGCCGCGCCAGCAAAUCAAUGAUAUUGCCCUGGUGGAGUUGGACGACCCCGUCAAGUGCAAUGACUAUAUCCAGCCCGCCUGCUUGCCAGACAGCUCGGUGGAAGUCUCCACCAUGGUCCAUUGCUACAUUGCUGGGUGGGGCUACACACGGGAGAAAGCCAAGUCUCCAUCAGAUGUCCUGAAGGAGGCCAAGGUAGAUCUCAUAUCCACAGAGAAGUGCAACAGCAGCAACUGGUAUUAUGGAAGCAUCUCCAGCAAUAACCUGUGUGCUGGAUUUGAAGGAGGAGGCAUUGACACUUGCCAGGGCGACAGUGGAGGGCCUCUUAUGUGUAGGGAAAACCGGUCUGAGCGCUACUGGAUUGUGGGAGUAACUGGCUGGGGACUAGGCUGUGCCAGGGCCCAGAAGCCUGGCGUCUACACUUCUACCCAGAACUUCUAUGACUGGAUCCAAGGCUAUACAAAAGAAGAGACCCAGACCACCACUGAAACCACCACAGAGGCCACCACAGAAACCACCACAGAGGCCACCACAGAAACCACCACAGAGACCACCACUGAAACCACCACUGAAACCACCACAGAGGCCACCACAGAAACUACCACAGAGGCCACCACAGAGACCACCACAGAAACCACCACAGAGGCCACCACAGAGGCCACCACAGAAACCACCACUGAAGCUACUGCGCCACCUGUUUCUGGCAGGCUCUUGGACAGUUGGACAAAGAGUGCUGACACAGGCUUUGGUGGUGGCAUUGAAGUAUCUCAGAGGUGGGAGGAGCAGGGUAUUUUCCAGUAG